AUGAGUGCAACAAAUAAUCACUCAAUGGCAAAACUGUUAAUGGAAAAAAAUGAUUUAGAAAGAAUAAGACAGAUUUAUGGUUCAAGACGACAGCAGGUUCAACAAACCACACAAACAACUAGUGAUGUUGUAAAUGAAAUAGAUGAAUAUAAUGGAAAUGACGAAGCGAUUGCUAAUAUAAUUUUGUCAAGUAGAUUACUAUCAGAUGAUAUAUCACAAAGCGAUGUAUGUGAUGAUCAAGACACCAUCGAUGGAGUUUCCACAAUAGAAGAGAAUGAUGAUGUUUCACACCAAGAUUGUUUCGUAAUUGUCAUGGGCACCACACAAAUCAGUGUCGAGCAACAACUCCAAUUACAGCAACUACAACCACAGCAACAACAACAACGAACUUCUGAAAUACAACAAAGACAAACAACACAAAGAGAGAGAAGAAUUAUCGAUCCAUCUGAUGUUCGCCCAUCGUUAUUCGAAAAAGGACAAAAAGGUCUUUGUUAA